UGGUUUUUUAAUUAAAAUCGCGCCUAUAUGAGUCACCUUUUUUACUCAGCUUUUACUAAUUAAUCAUUACUGGAAUUGGGAUAAUUAAAUAAAUUCAAAAUGAACAAAAAUUGUAUAUUAUAUAGUGUGAGUGCCUUAUUUGUUUUGGCAAAUAUUGUAAAUGCAAUUGACACAACAACUACAAAUACGAAUGCAACUUUGUUAAUUUGGUGUACGACGAGUAAAGCAGAACAAACUAAAUGUGAAAAUUUUGCACAGGCCGUUGUAAGAGAUGCAGUUGAGUUUAAGCGAAAUUUCUUCAAUUUUACAUGUAAACAAGCAUUUGAUACUGAUGAGUGUAUGACGUUAUUAGAUGAGGAAAAGGUACACUUAACAAAUUUAGACAGUGGUGAACUAUUUGUUGGUGGUCGUUUUCAUAGUUUAGUUCCGAUUUUACAAGAAGUGUACGAUGGUCGAUUUAAAUAUUCAUAUGCAGUGGCAGUGGUUAAAAAGAAAUCAACAUUUACUUUAAACACGCUAUCUGAUAUUCGUGACAAAAGAGCAUGUUUUGCUGGCGUUGGUACGCUAGCUGGAUGGGUUAUACCAAUUCAUACGUUGAUGGCGAAAGGAAAUAUGGAAAUAGUUGAUUGUAACAACCAUGUUAAAUCAGCAAUUAAUUAUUUUGGAGAAUCUUGUGCUAUUAACUCGUUAAUUGAUAAAUAUAAUCCAAUUGGUGAUAACUCAGACAAGCUAUGUGCACUUUGUAAGGGUAAAUUACCAGGUGAAAAAUGUAAUAAAGGUGAUUUGUAUGCUGGAUACGAAGGGGCAUUUAGAUGUUUGCUUGAAGAAGGGGACAUUGCUUUCUUAAAACACACGACUGUAAAUGAUAUGUUAAGUGGAGAUGAAUUUAAUUCAAUAACGAAGGAUUAUUUUGAAUUAGUAUGCUUAGAUGGUACACGUCGACCAGUAGAUGACUAUCGUUCUUGUAAUUGGGGUCAAGUACCAGCAAAUACAAUUGUUACAACAUCAGCCAAAAGUAUUGACGAAAGAAAAAAAAUACAAAGUUUCUUUGAAACAGCUAUACGUCUUUAUGGUUUGAAAGAUGCAAAUACAAUGUUCUAUAAUACGUCGUAUGAUGCACGUUCUUCAACUACUGAAGGAUACAAUAAUGGAUACAGUAAUCCUUAUGGAAGAUCUUUUGAAAAUAAUUAUAAUAAUAACAACAACAACAAUAAUAAUUAUAAUUCACCAGAUUAUUAUAACCAAAACCGUUCUUCUGAGCGAGGAUCUACUGAUCGACCUGCUUUUUAUGAGAAAUUUAGUUUAUUUUUAUCAUUUCCAGCAUAUGGUGAUAAACAUAAUUUAAUGUUCCAAGAUAACACAAUAGAUUUGUUUCCAUUACCUGAAAAAGAACAAGAUUAUGCUCAAUAUUUAGAUUCAUCAUUAAAACUUAUAUUAGAAAUACGAAGAUGUCCCGUAAAUCGGAUGACUUUAUGUGUAACAUCUGAUCCAGAAAUGGAAAAAUGUAUUAAAAUGAAAAUAGCACUUGAGGCACAACUAUUGAAACCAGAAAUGUCAUGUUUUAAAGGACAAUCACACAUACAUUGUAUGUAUGCAAUUCAAUCUGGUAAUGCGGAUGUAACAAUGUUGGAUGCCAGUGACAUCUAUACGGCUGGUUUACAUCACGAUCUCGUACCAUUUAUUAGUGAAGUUUAUAAUUUAGGAACAUCAGAAUAUUAUGUUGUUGCUGUUGCCAAAGAAGAAGAUGAUCGUACGGAUUUAACUUAUUUGAGAGGGAAGUAUACAUGCCAUCCAGGUAUAAAUAUGGCUGCAGGUUGGGUUUAUCCUUUGGCAUAUUUAAUCAGUAAUGGCUGGAUUCGUUCUUAUGGUUGCAAUAGUUUACGAGCAGCCGCUGAAUACUUCUCUAAAUCAUGUGUUCCAGGCGCUAUAUCACCCGAAUAUACUACCGAUGUUCAGUAUGAUAACAUGUGUGAUUUAUGUCAUGGUGCAAGUUUUAGAUAUUGUCGACGUGAUGCUUCGGAGGAUUAUUAUGGAUAUACCGGUGCAUUUAGGUGUCUUAUUGAGGGUGGUGGUGACGUGGCAUUUGUUAAACAUACUACAGUUACAGAAAAUACUGAUGGUAAACGUAGAGAAUGGUGGGCUCGAAAUGCAUUAACUGGUGAUUUUGAAUUACUCUGUCCUGACGGCACUCGUGCUGAAAUCAACCAAUAUCAAAACUGUAAUUUGGGUAAAGUAAAAGCAAACGCAUUAGUAACUCGAGGUGGUUAUGCAUACAACGAAACAGAAAUUAAUGCAUUUAUAAAUUUAUUUAUAUAUGCUCAGCAAUUUUAUGGACGAAAAGAUGCUGAUGAAUUCAGUUUUAGCAUGUUUUCUUCUUCACCGCCGUACGCUGAUUUGAUAUUUCAAGACGCCGCUCAACAACUUCAAAUCGUACCAAGUGAAAAACGUUAUUAUUCCACAUAUUUAGGUAACGAUUAUAUGCGUGCAAGACGAAUUGUUGAUUGUCAUGCUGCGGGAUCGAAUAUUCAAAUUUCUGUUGCGUUAAUAUUUUUAUGUUUGACUUCGAUUGUAUUUCAUUUUAGAGCAUAAUUUUCGACGUACAAACUAUUUAAGUUAGAGUUACAAAUAGUAGGAUUUUUGACUAGUUUUAAAAAAAUUUGAAACAAACACAGUAAAUUUUAAAAAUUGAAUUUAUUGUUUAUAAACUGCAUUAGAUUGAGUUUAAUUCUGAAUAUAUCGUUUAAGUGGCCAUCGUGGCGCUGUACACUUUGACUCUUUUGGAAGACAUUAUACUCGGUAGUUAAACUCAAAUAUGUAUAAAGGAAUAAAUCCCUUAAAUAAUAAUUUAUUGCAUCCUUUAUUACAAUUUGUAAAGUCAAAUAGGAUAUUUUUAAAAUUGGGUUUUUCUUUGCUGUGUAGUCAAAGAUCUUAUUUUUAAAAUUCGCUUUGGUAUAUUGAACAUUAUGCGAUUUCGAUAUUUUUGUUAUUAGACCGUCCAUUUUCUCGAAUAUUUUUCUAAUAUUGUUACUUAAAACUGAUAACAAGAAAACCAAAGUGUUUUGUACAAUUUUCAUUUUAUUUUUCUUAACUUGGUAAAGUUAUCGUAAUUAAUUUUAUCCGACAAAAAGUUUGAACUGAUAACUUUUUUUUGAUAUUUAAAAAAAAAGUGAUAUUACAAACAAUUUUUAUAAUUUAAUUUAAUCCGAAAAGGUUCUACUUUUCUUUUUAUAACUCAAAUCUAAUUAAUUAUACCGUUUAGGCCGUGUUGUAAUCAUAAAAUCGGCAUAAGGUAUACGGCGUACAGAUACAGAUCGUAAAAAUUAGAGUGUGUACGGUAGAAAUCUAAAGUGUAGAAUUUGUUCAGUUUUCUCGGGAUAUACGCUAAUUUGUUAUAUAAAACCAUUGAGUAUACGCCGUAUACAUUAUAGUACUGUGCUUAGGUUACAUGGUUAUUUUAUAACUUUUGGCUUUGAUAUUCAGUCUAUUAUUGAUCAAAAGCUGGAAAAGUAUUGAACCUAUUCGAAAUAUUUUGGUGCUAUACUUGACAGUACCCACAUUUAUCUGAUGUUUUUUAAAACAAAGUUUAAAAAAUUAAUUAUAAAAUCCUCGGUUGAAAAAUUACGGAGUGUACUAUGGGUAUUAUAUUUCUAUUAAAUGGCAUUUGCUUAGAAAGGUGGAUAAUUUACGACUGAGUAGCAGAGUGUAUAAACGGUGUGAUUUUACUUGGAGCGUUAAUGUGACACAGAGCCUUUUCGUUAAGAAUCUCUACAAUUGAAUCUCUGAACUAGACUUGCGAACAAGAAAAUCGAUCUAGACUUCAAUUUUUACUUUGAAGUUUAAUUUAAACCGGUUAUUAGAUGAAAAAAAUCAUCUAAUGAUGUUUAAAAAAUGGUGUUCUUUAAAAUAAAGAUAAUAAUAUAAGUAAAGCAACUGAAGAAAUAUACAAAAAAUAUUUUAAAGUAAAAAGUUUUCGUCGCCAUAAAUGACUGGUCUGGUAUUCCACCCAUCUAGAUCGUAUUAUCCAGCUUGUUUUUCAUUAGAAAACUGCCUGUUGAUCAUAGUAAAAAAGAGAGUAUGGAUCGAUUCGCUAGUCGUAAGUGCAUUUAUAAUUUAAAGAAAAUUUUAUUAAACGUUGUUCUGUAAAAGAAAAUAUACUUAGAAAUUUAUAUUUAUAAU